AUGUCGGACGCGACAGCCGUAGAACUUCAAGACUUUUCAGAGAAACCUAGACUGUCUGAUGAGCAAAAUUUUGAUAGUCAAGAUUUUGGAAUGAGAUCUACUCUCUUAUAUCACAAGGGUUUUUUAAAUGCAAAAGAGACGCCUCAGGCGGUUGAACUUUCUGUCUCAGGUGAAUUACCUUCGUGGUUGAAUGGUGAACUAUUCACAGUUGGGCCUGGCACUUACGAUAUAAAAUACAACAAGAUGAUAGAGGUUGGUAAUGGUGAAUAUGAAAGCGGUACGGUCACGUUUAGCAUGGGACAUUGGUUUGAUGGCUUACCGCUAGUGAACAGAUUUGUCUUGGACGGAGAAACUAAUAAAAUUAUUUACAGAUCAAAACAUGUCAGCAAAAAAUACGAAUCAAAAGUACGUGAUCGUCAUGGAAUAGUGACGACACAUCCAUUUUCGUUGUUUAAAACACACGUAAAUCAAACUCCGUUGGCCAAAUUGAUGAUGAAAAAGCGUACAAGCAAACCCGAAUUGGAACCUUGUAGCGCAUACAUAAAUGCCAGUUUUCCAUUGAGUAAAGCUGGCGAAAAGCCAAAAUUAUAUUGUCAAAACCACGCCAGUCAGGUAGUGGAAUUGGAUGCGCAUGAUUUAACCCCAACGCGAGUUUAUUCCUGGAAUGAAUUGAAUCCACUUUUCAAAGGAGAUCAUGCAGCACCACAUUCACAUUACGAUUCAACGACUGGUGAACUAAUUAAUUUUAAUAUGGAAUAUCAUCCACUUGGGACAAAAUAUAAUUUCUUUUCGUUGUCCGAAACACAGCCGAGUGGUGAUCUAAUAGCCUCAAUAACUGCAAAGGCUUCUUAUGUUCAUAGUUUUGCGGUUACCCCGCGAUUCAUUAUACUAGUUAUUUUCCCUUUUUAUGGACGGAAUGCUGGUCUAAACUUUAAAUGGUCUGACAACAUCUUGGAUUCUUUUGUGUUUAGGCCUGAAGAUCCAACAUUAUUUUAUGUUAUAUCCAGAACAAAGAAAAAACACGUUUCCACUUAUAAAUCUGACGCGUGUUUCGCUUUUCACCAUAUUAAUGCUUUUGAAGACGAUGAAGAUAAUGUUUACAUAGACAUUGCAUCAUACGAGAACGAUGAGAUUCUAAAUUUCUUGAAUCUGAGAGAGUUACGAGAAGGCUUUAUUAAACAACUACCGCUAGCUGAAAUUCGUAGAUUUGCCUUACUAAAUAUUGAAUUAGAGUCUGUGAAAUUCGAUGCACAACCUCAAGCUUCUCAAGUUGAAAUACUUCAAAAUACCGUAUCGACUUUAUUCACUAAGAGAACGCCUGAAAAUCAAACAAGCAUUUAUCCUUAUCCAAUUGCUAACUAUGUUCGUUGUUCGGAUUCUGCUUUAGAAUUACCGAGUAUCAAUCCUUAUUAUCAACGACUCCGAUAUCGUUAUGUUUACGGCAUCGGAUUUUCGGCAAAAGCUGCAGGUCAAGUUGGUCAAAUAUGGGAUUCGCUUGUUAAAUGUGAUUUGGACACCAAAGAAGCAGUGGGCAUGUGGUCCCAAGAAGAUUGUUAUCCAUCAGAAGCUAUAUUUGUUCCUGUUCCCGAGUCUACCGAAGAGGACGAAGGUAUCCUCUUAAGUAUUGUAUUCAAUGGAAAAGAAAAUAAGAGUUUUCUUCUUGUCCUUGAUGCAAAGACAUUGCGUGAAAUUGCAAUAGCUCAUUUACCAGAGGUUAUUCCAUUAUCAUUUGGUCAUAGUUCAUUUAAAGAGCUACAUCGUGAAUAA